GCGGCGGCGAGACUCGAGCGCCGCAGGUGACCCCGGCAGGGAGCCGGGUGCGCGGGGCCGGCUGAGAAGCAGCGGGCUGGAGGCGGGCACCCCCCGUUGGGUUGUCUCUCAGCCUAGGCGCGGGGCUGAGGAGACGCUGUGAGCUCCGGGACGCGCCAGGCUCCCUGACGGCCGGCGGCGCUAGCGGCCCUCCCUCGGCAUGUUCGGCGAGGACAGGCUCUUCCUCCCGCCCGUGGGCUGAGGCGGCGGCGGCCACACGAGCGAGAGAUGCACCUGCCGGGUUCGGCUUAGAGGAGCGUCCGGGCCGCCAGCCCGAGAGCUUUCGUCGCCCAGACCCGGCGGCGACCGCGGGCCCGAGCCGCAGCGACGGGUGGGCGCCCGGACAUGGCGGCCCGGAGCGCCCCGAGCUGCCACCUGCGGCUCGAGUGGGUGUACGGCUACCGGGGCCACCAGUGCCGCAACAACCUCUACUACACGGCGGCCAAGGAGAUCGUGUACUUCGUGGCGGGGGUCGGCGUGGUGUACAGCCCCCGGGAGCAUCGGCAGAAGUUCUACCGCGGCCACAGCGACGACAUCAUCAGUCUUGCACUACAUCCUGAGCGAGUGUUGGUAGCAACAGGACAAGUUGGGAAAGAGCCUUACAUUUGUGUUUGGGAUUCUUACACUGUUCAGACCGUGUCGGUUCUGAAGGAUGUUCAUACACAUGGCAUAGCUUGUUUAGCAUUUGACUUGGAUGGACAGCGCUUGGUUUCAGUUGGACUCGAUUCAAAGAACGCAGUUUGUGUUUGGGACUGGAAGAGGGGGAGAAUGUUGUCUAUGGCUCCUGGUCACACUGACAGAAUAUUUGAUAUAUCUUGGGAUUUGUACCAGCCAAAUAAACUUGUCAGCUGUGGUGUAAAACAUAUCAAGUUCUGGAGUUUGUGUGGAAAUGCUCUGACCCCCAAACGAGGAGUUUUUGGUAAAACAGGUGACCUGCAGACAAUAUUGUGCCUAGCCUGUGCUCGGGAUGAAUUAACAUAUUCUGGUGCACUCAAUGGGGACAUAUAUGUUUGGAAAGGAAUCAAUCUUAUACGAACAAUACAAGGAGCCCAUACUGCGGGAAUUUUUAGUAUGAAUGCUUGUGAAGAAGGCUUUGCUACUGGUGGCAGAGAUGGCUGUAUUCGUCUUUGGGAUUUAGCUUUUAAACCAAUUACUGUGAUUGAUCUCAGGGAAACAGACCAGGGAUACAAAGGUUUAUCUGUGAGGAGUGUUUGUUGGCGAGGUGACCACAUUUUAGUUGGAACGCAGGACAGUGAAAUUUUUGAAAUUGUAGUGCAUGAAAGAAACAAACCUUUCCUAAUUAUGCAAGGGCAUUGCGAAGGUGAACUUUGGGCACUUGCUGUUCAUCCUACUAAACCUUUGGCUGUGACGGGGAGUGACGAUCGUUCAGUCAGGAUUUGGAGCCUUGUAGAUCAUGCUUUAAUAGCAAGAUGUAAUAUGGAAGAACCAAUUCGAUGUGCUGCUGUCAAUGUAGAUGGAAUCCACCUUGCCUUGGGAAUGAAGGAUGGGUCAUUCACUGUCCUUAGAGUGAGAGAUAUGACUGAAGUUGUACAUAUCAAAGACAGGAAAGAGGCAAUCCAUGAGCUAAAAUAUUCGCCAGAUGGCACUUACCUUGCUGUUGGCUGCAAUGACAGCUCAGUUGACAUCUAUGGAGUUGCUCAGCGUUAUAAAAAAGUUGGUGAAUGUGUUGGUUCACUUAGCUUCAUCACUCAUCUGGACUGGUCUUCAGAUAGUAGAUAUUUGCAGACAAAUGAUGGCAGUGGAAAACGAUUUCUAUAUAGGAUGCCAGGAGGAAAGGAAGUGACAAGUAAAGAAGAAAUAAAAGGUGUUCACUGGGCUUCAUGGACAUGUGUUUCAGGACUUGAAGUCAAUGGGAUUUGGCCCAAGUAUUCUGAUGUCAAUGAUAUAAAUUCAGUAGAUGGAAAUUAUGUUGGCCAGGUUUUAGUUACAGCUGAUGACUGUGGAGUUGUAAAAUUAUUCCGAUAUCCAUGUUUAAGAAAAGGGGCCAAGUUUAGAAAAUAUAUUGGCCAUUCAGCUCACGUAACUAAUGUCAGAUGGUCACAUGAUUAUCAAUGGGUUAUUUCUAUUGGUGGAGCUGAUCACUCUGUCUUUCAGUGGAAAUUCAUUCCUGAAAGAAAAUUAAAAGAUGCCCUUCACAUAGCACCCCAAGAAAGUCUGGCUGAGUCCAACAGUGAUGAAUCAGAUUCAGAUCUAUCUGAUGUUCCAGAACUGGACUCUGAGAUUGAGCAAGAGACACAGCUUACUUACCACCGGCAGGUUUACAAAGAAGAUCUACCUCAGCUUAAAGAACAAUGCAAAGAAAAACAGAAAAGUGCUACUUCUAAACGAAGAGAAUGUGCUCCAGGAAAUAGUAUUCGAUUACACUUCAUUCAUGGUUACAGAGGUUAUGACUGUCGAAGUAAUCUUUUCUACACUCAAAUUGGUGAAAUUGUGUACCAUGUGGCAGCAGUGGGUGUCAUAUAUAAUAGACAACAGAACACGCAGCGUUUUUACCUGGGCCAUGAUGAUGAUAUUCUAUGUCUGGCUAUUCAUCCUUUGAAGGACUAUGUGGCCACAGGCCAGGUAGGUAGAGAUCCCUCAAUUCACAUAUGGGACACAGAAACCAUUAAACCAUUGUCUAUAUUAAAGGGCUACCACCAGUAUGGCGUCUGUGCAGUUGAUUUCUCAGCUGAUGGGAAACGCCUGGCUUCAGUUGGAAUAGAUGACAGCCACACCAUUGUACUGUGGGACUGGAAGAAAGGGGAGAAACUGUCAGUGGCAAGAGGCAGUAAAGAUAAGAUUUUUGUUGUGAAGAUGAAUCCCUAUGUGCCUGAUAAACUAAUUACAGCCGGGAUUAAACACAUGAAAUUUUGGCGUAGAGCAGGGGGAGGAUUAAUUGGAAGAAAAGGCUACAUAGGCACUCUGGGGAAAAAUGACACAAUGAUGUGUGCAGUGUAUGGAUGGACUGAGGAGAUGGCUUUUUCUGGAACAUCCACAGGAGAUGUGUGCAUCUGGAGAGAUGUCUUUCUUGUAAAAACAGUUAAAGCCCACGAUGGGCCAGUGUUCAGUAUGCACGCAUUGGAGAAAGGAUUUGUAACCGGAGGAAAAGAUGGUGUAGUAGCCCUUUGGGAUGACUCCUUUGAAAGAUGCCUCAAGACCUAUGCUAUAAAAAGGGCUGAUUUAGCCCCAGGAUCCAAAGGUUUGCUCUUGGAAGAUAACCCAUCUAUACGUGCCAUAUCAUUAGGACAUGGUCAUAUUUUAGUUGGCACAAAGAAUGGUGAAAUAUUAGAAGUGGAUAAAAGUGGCCCAAUAACACUUCUGGUCCAGGGACACAUGGAAGGAGAGGUGUGGGGUUUGGCCACACAUCCUUAUCUGCCCAUCUGCGCUACUGUUAGUGAUGAUAAGACCUUAAGAAUAUGGGAUCUCUCUCCUAGUCAUUGCAUGUUGGCAGUCCGGAAACUGAAAAAGGGUGGGAGAUGCUGCUGCUUUUCCCCCGAUGGAAAAGCUUUAGCUGUAGGUCUCAAUGAUGGAAGCUUCUUAAUGGCAAAUGCAGACACUCUGGAGGAUCUUGUGUCUUUUCACCACAGAAAAGAUAUUAUUUCAGAUAUCCAGUUUUCACCUGGUUCUGGGAAAUACCUGGCUGUGGCGUCCCAUGACAGCUUUAUAGACAUAUACAAUGUGAUGAGUAGUAAACGAGUGGGGGUAUGCAAAGGAGCUACAAGCUACAUAACCCACAUCGACUGGGACACUAGAGGAAAGCUUUUACAGGUCAACACUGGUGCUAAAGAGCAACUAUUCUUUGAAGCCCCCAGAGGAAAAAAACAAACCAUCCCCAGUGUGGAGGUGGAAAAAAUUAGUUGGGCAUCAUGGACAAGUGUACUUGGUUUAUGUUGUGAGGGAAUUUGGCCUAUAAUUGGAGAAGUCACAGACGUAACUGCCUCUUGUCUCACCAGUGACAAAAUGGUCCUAGCCACAGGGGAUGAUUUGGGAUUCGUGAAGCUGUUUAGAUACCCAGCUAAAGGAAAAUUUGGAAAGUUUAAGAAGUAUGUGGCUCACAGCACACAUGUCACAAAUGUUCGCUGGACUUAUGAUGACAGCAUGCUGGUUACCCUGGGAGGCACAGAUAUGUCUUUAAUGGUAUGGACAAAUGAAAUGGAGAACCAUCGAGAAAAAAAGUCUUGCGACAGUGAAGAGUCUGAUAUAGAUUCUGAAGAAGAUGGAGGCUAUGACAGUGAUGUGACAAGAGAGAAUGAAAUUAGUUACACCAUCAGAGCCUUAUCAACUAAUAUUCGCCCAAUGCUUGGAGUCAAGCCUCAUUUGCAACAAAAGGAACCGUCAGUUGAUGAGAGACAGGGGGUAGUAAGAGGAUCCAGGCCCCCAGUGAGUAGGGCCCCACCACAGCCAGAGAAACUUCAGUCAAACAAUGUUGGCAAGAAAAAGAGACCUAUAGAGGACCUUGUGUUGGAGCUUGCUUUUGGCUAUCGAGGCAGAGACUGCAGGAACAAUGUGCAUUACUUAAAUGAUGGCGAUGAUAUAGUUUAUCACACUGCCUCUGUUGGGAUUCUGCACAAUGUUGCUACAGGGACUCAGAGUUUUUAUCAGGAACACAAUGAUGACAUUCUGUGCCUCACUGUAAAUCAGCACCCCAAAUUUAUCAACAUAGUGGCAACUGGCCAAGUAGGUGAUUCAGCAGACAUGUCAGCUACAGCCCCAUCUGUGCACAUCUGGGAUGCAGUGAGCAAGCAGACGCUGUCUAUAUUAAGAUGCUCUCAUUCAAAGGGGGUGUGCUCCGUCAGCUUCAGCGCUACUGGGAAGCUGCUGCUAUCUGUGGGGCUAGACCCGGAGCACACCGUUACCAUUUGGAGAUGGCAGGAAGGGGCCAGAAUUGCCAGCAGAGCUGGGCACAACCAGCGUAUUUUUGUAGCAGAAUUUCGACCAGAUUCAGAUACCCAGUUUGUCUCUGUGGGUAUAAAGCACGUGAAGUUCUGGACCCUGGCAGGAAGGGCUCUUCUCAGCAAAAAGGGACUUCUGAGCACACUGGAGGAUGCCCGGAUGCAGACGAUGCUUGCUGUUGCAUUUGGUGCAAAUAACUUGACGUUUACAGGUACCAUCAGUGGUGAUGUCUGUGUGUGGAAAGAGCACAUGUUGUGUAGAGUGGUGGCUAGAGCGCACAAUGGGCCUGUCUUUGCCAUGUAUACCACCCUGCGAGAUGGACUGAUCGUGACUGGCGGCAAGGAAAGGCCGUCAAAGGAAGGAGGUGCAGUUAAACUGUGGGACCAGGAACUGAGACGAUGCCGGGCCUUCAGGCUUGAGACAGGACAAGUCACAGAUUGUGUUCGGUCUGUGUGCAGAGGCAAAGGCAAGAUACUAGUUGGCACAAGGAAUGCUGAGAUAAUUGAAGUUGGAGAGAAAAAUGCAGCAUGUAACGUUUUAGUUAAUGGCCAUGUGGAUGGGCCAAUCUGGGGACUAGCAACACAUCCUUCCAGGGAUUUUUUCCUUUCUGCUGCAGAAGAUGGGACAGUGAGACUCUGGGAUAUUGCUGAUAAAAAGAUGCUAAACAAAGUGAAUUUGGGACAUGCUGCUCGGACAGUGUGUUACAGCCCGGAAGGUGACAUGGUGGCUAUUGGAAUGAAAAAUGGAGAAUUUAUUAUAUUACUUGUGAGUUCUCUGAAAAUAUGGGGAAAGAAGAGAGACAGGCGAUGUGCAAUCCAUGAUAUCAGAUUUAGUCCAGAUUCCCGGUAUUUGGCAGUGGGUUCUAGUGAGAACUCAGUGGACUUUUAUGACCUAACAUUGGGUCCCACCCUUAACAGAAUCAGCUACUGCAAAGACAUUCCAAGUUUUGUCAUUCAAAUGGACUUCUCUGCAGAUAGCAGACAUCUCCAGGUUUCUAGUGGCUGCUAUAAACGGCAUGUCUAUGAAGUGCCUUCAGGAAAACACCUUGUGGAUCAUGCUGCCAUUGACAGGAUCACGUGGGCUACUUGGACUAGUAUUCUGGGCGAUGAAGUUAUGGGAAUCUGGUCCAGACAUGCUGAGAAAGCAGAUGUCACCUGUGCCUGUGUAUCUCAUUCAGGAAUCAGUCUUGUGACAGGAGACGACUUUGGCAUGGUUAAGUUAUAUGAUUUUCCAUGCCCAGAAAAAUUUGCAAAGCACAAGAGGUUCUUGGGUCAUUCCCCUCAUGUGACAAAUAUUCGAUUUACUAGUGGUGAUCGACAUGUUGUUAGUGCUGGAGGCGAUGACUGCAGUUUGUUUGUCUGGAAAUGUGUACACAUGCCUCACUGAACUGCCCUGUGAUGCUGAGAAGACUAAACAAAGCUCACCUCAAGAGACCAGUUCUGUAACAAAAACCAAAACCAAACUCUGCAUGGUCCAGUGGUGCUAACUGAAGACUGUGGCAGGGAAGGAUGCGCAGAAUCGAUCACACAGCAGAAGACUGAGAGUUCCAAAUGCUUGCUACAUGUACCAACCCAUACUCUGUACACUGCCAGAUAAUUACACUGCAAGGAACGGCUCAAUUAUUUGACAAAAAGUCAUCCUCCUCUGUAAUUUUGACAGACUUGCCUAGGGUAUAGCUGUCUUUAAAGAAAAAAAAAAAAAAAAGGGCCAGGCGUUGGUGGUGCACACCUUUAAUCCUAGCACUUGGAAGGCAGAGGCAGGAAGAUCUCUGUGAGUUUGAGGCCAGCCUGGUCUACAGAGCUAGUUCCAGGACAGGUUCCAAAGCUACACAGAGAAACCAUGUCUUGAAAAACCAAAAAGAAAAUAAAAAAAUGGAAAUUUUUUCUCAUUUCUAACAUUUCUUUAGUGAAAUAUUUCACCCUUAUACAAGGAAAGUAAUAAGCAACCAUCACCCUAAAGUGUCAGUUUUCAAAAUGCAAACAUUUUUCUUAAGGAAACUUACACAAGCUUUCCUGGAGAGUAUUUCUUAAACAUUAGUUUAGUCCCCUCUGCAAAGGACAUUUCUCUUUACAGUCUGAACAGAUCCAAAGUCUGCAGCAUAUGCAGACUACAUUUUCACUGUUGAGCUGUCAAUCUUUGUGUUUCAAAGCCAUCUCUAUAAAAUGAUGAAUCACAGUUAUGGCCUCAUUAAUAGGAAAGUGAUAUAAUGAACAUUCAUUUCCAAGUGUACAGUUUUUUAAGGUUCUGUGAUAGCAAUAGCUCUUAACUGAAAGAUAAUAUCGCAUAUUUAAAGGUAUGAUCUAAUAAACAUUUGUUUAUUGUGUAAACAAAAGCAUUAAAUUCAUAAUACUAGUAACACUGGGUAAAAAAUUUUAUAGUUUUGUAUUGAGAAAAAAUGUUUAACUAGAUGUAUGCCACCCUAUAAGGCUGUUUUCCAAAAUGAAUGACUCCAGGUUCUCCUGAAGAAGUCAGAAUCCUUCCACUUUAAUGCUGCCAAAGAUUGGGACCUACCGCCCAGGACUUGCUGUUUAGCCUCGCUAGUUCCUCAAGAUGAAAAAUCCAGUAGACUGCUGUGUAAACAUUAUUUUUCUACAUGUGAAGAGGAUGCUCUACUGGGUAUUUCCAUUUUUUUAUUUUAUUGUGUGAAUUAUUUAUUGUGUAGCAUAGAUCCUCCCCGUCAGGCUUCUGGAAUCCUGUUUGGUUUGUUAUGUUUUCUAUGGCUAAAACAUUGUGACUAUUAAAACCAGAAUGAACACUUUGCAUCAAA